AUGUUCUCCCAGGCUCUUCUCUACGAAGAGAGCCAUGCCAACAUGGGCAAGAGGAGGCCAUGCCAGCUGGAGCAAAAGCAGGCAGAUUCACAUAUGUUUGACUAUCUUCAAGAGAUGAAAUACAUUGUUUUAAUUGCUCUCUUCGGCUCUUGCUUAGCGCUCGGCCGACAACAAGCUGUUGCCAUUACCGGAAAGCUGCUCUGUGGCUCUAAACCAGCUUCAGGAGUUUUGGUGAAGCUCUGGGACGAAGAUGAUGGCCCGGAUCCUGACGAUCUGCUUGAUGAAGGUCGUACAGACAGCAAAGGCCUAUUCACUCUCAAGGGAACGGAAAGCGAAAUAACUAAUAUUGACCCAGUUUUCAAAGUGUACCACGACUGUGAUGAUGGAAUCAAGCCUGGCAAGCGAAAGGUGAAGUUCCGCAUUCCUGACUCUUACAUCAGCCCUGGAAAAGUUGCAAAACGAACUUUCGAUAUCGGAGUACUGAAUCUCGAGACGAUAUUUGCUAAAGAAGAACGGGACUUNAAAGUGUACCACGACUGUGAUGAUGGAAUCAAGCCUGGCAAGCGAAAGGUGAAGUUCCGCAUUCCUGAUUCUUACAUCAGCCCUGGAAAAGUUGCAAAACGAACUUUCGAUAUCGGAAUGAAGUAUCUGAUUUUAAUUGCUCUCUUUGGAUGCUGUCUAGCAUCACGUCUACAGUCUGUAGCUAUUACCGGAAAGCUGCUAUGUGGAUCUAAACCCGCUUCUGGAGUCAAGGUGAAGCUCUGGGAGGAAGAUAGCGGCCCAGACCCAGACGAUCUUCUUGAUGAGGGCAAAACAAGCAGUGCCGGCACCUUCACAUUGAAGGGUUCCGACAACGAAAUCACCACUAUCGACCCUGUAUUCAAAAUUUACCAUGACUGUGAUGAUGGAAUUAAGCCUGGCCAACGCAAGGUGAAGUUCCGCAUCCCCAGCUCUUACAUAAGCACUGGAUCGACUCCCAAGCGCACAUUUGAUAUUGGAGUGCUCAAUCUGGAGACUAUUUUCCCUGGAGAGGAACGCGAUUUCAUUUAA